GUGUACAUAACACAAAAUAUUUAUAUAAUACAAUUAAAUCUCUUUCUUCAAUCAUUUUUAUUGCUUUUUCCAACGAUUCUUUCUUGUAAAUUUUAUCCAUUUGUCCCAUCAUUGUUCGCGAGUAAUUAUGAAAACGGCAAUUACAGUUCUUCAAGAAAUGAUGGUCAAAUUGAACCAUUACAUGCCGGAGUAUGAGUGCAUUUCUCAGACAGGACCACACCAUCUGGUGACAUUUGAGUUCAAAUGCGUUGCCGAAGGAGUAACAGUGACUGCUCAGGCGCGAUCUAAAAAGGAAGCAAAACAGGAGGCAGCCCGGAAGAUGCUCAAGCAGCUCUAUGCCAGGGGCUAUGACGUGCCCCCGCCUUACAAUACUCCCAUAGUAGAAGAUCUAGAUGAUUUGUCACCUCCCCCUUCUCCAAUCAAGAAGCCUGCUUUGGAAGGCAGUGGAGGUGCCCCUGCAGCGGCGACGGAUGUGCGCAGCUACGUGUCGCUGCUGCGGGAGCUGUGCGAGCAGUACCGGCUGGGGGCGGUGGUGUAUGAGCUGACGGGCGACACGGGCCCCGCCCACCAGCGCCGCUUCGUGAUGAGCGCGCGGCUCGGCGAGCACGAGCGCAUCGCCGCCGCCGGCACCAAGAAGGCCGCGCGGCAGCUCGCCGCCGAGCGCCUGUACCACUACCUGCGCGAGAACCUCGUCACCACGAAAGACUUUUGUGAGGAGGAAGCCCUGUCGCGCGCCCUGGAGAAAGCGAUGGAGCGGUACGUGGAGACGCGCGAGGAGGACGUGUUCCGCCCUGACCUCAGCCAGAGGGUUGCCGACUACCAUUUAGGUCUGUGCAACUCCAUAGACGAGGAGAAGCGGCGGUUGGUGCUGGAAGCGCUGUCGCGGGCGGGGUGCAGCGAGCGGGAGCGCGCGGAGGGCGCGGCGCGGGUCAUGGGGCUGCGGCUGGAGGACGGGGCGCUACCCGGCGGCGUGGCGCUGCUGACGCUGUCUUCCGGCAACCCGCCGCUCGUGUUUGCGGGCGCGGGGCCCGAAGCCGCCGCCGCCGCCGCCGUGCGCCACCUCCGUGGCGCGCUCUGCGUAAACGACCCGUAGGCUGGCAGAUGAGACGUUUACUAGUUUAAGCUAUAUAGGGUGUAACAAAACUAAGUGAUAAUACUUUAGGGU